UUCUGCUAACCUUUUUCUCUCUCAUUAUCUUUUACUUUCUCCCUCUUUGGCUCUAUAAAUCUAAUCCUUUUCUACCUGCAUUUUCUCUACUACCACUUCAAACCCACCUCAACUCUCUCUUGUUCACUCUGUCAAAAUGAAACCGUUUAUCUCCCUUCUGCUUGCUUUCAUUUUGCUCUUCACUGCUCCUGCUUUUGCUGCUAAGUACUUUGAAGGGUACUUGGAAAAUGGAAACUUUGAGGAGCCACCAAAAAAGACUGACCUUGACAAGACUGUGCUGAAGGGAAAAUAUGCACUGCCCAAGUGGGAAAUCAGUGGCUUUGUUGAGUACAUCUCUGGUGGGCCGCAACCAGGUGGCAUGUACUUUCCUGUGGCUCAUGGAGUCCAUGCUGUGAGGCUUGGGAAUGAGGCCGCAAUUUCUCAAACCAUACCGGUGAAGAAAGGGUCUCUUUAUGCAUUGACAUUUGGUGCAUCGAGGACUUGUGCACAAGAUGAGGUUUUGAGAGUCUCAGUGCCUCCUCAAUCUGGGGACCUGCCUUUGCAGACAUUGUAUGAUAGUAAUGGUGGAGAUGUUUAUGCUUGGGGAUUUAUCGCCAAUUCUACUUCUGUUAAAGUGAUUUUCCACAACCCAGGAGUUCAAGAGGAUCCUGCUUGUGGUCCACUUAUUGAUGCUGUUGCUAUUAAGGAGCUAUAUCAUCCAAGGCCCACCAGAGUUAAUUUGGUAAAAAAUCCUGGCUUUGAAGAGGGUCCUCACCGGUUAAUGAACUCUACCAAUGGAGUCCUUCUUCCUCCCAGACAAGAAGAUCUCACAUCUCCACUCCCUGGCUGGAUCAUUGAGUCACUUAAAGCUGUGAAGUUCAUUGAUUCAAAGCACUUCAAUGUACCCGCUGGACUUGCAGCAGUUGAGCUUGUUGCUGGUAGAGAAAGUGCCAUUGCCCAAAUUCUAAGAACAGUUCCUAACAAAGUCUAUAAUCUCACAUUUACAAUUGGAGAUGCAAAGAAUGGCUGCCAUGGAUCAAUGAUGGUUGAAGCAUUUGCUGCAAAAGACACACUCAAAGCUCCAUUCCAGUCACAAGGAAAGGGUCUGUUCAAGACUGUUGGUUUCAAGUUCAAAGCACUUGCAGCCAGGACAAGAAUCACAUUCUAUAGCUCUUACUACCACACUAAGAUUGAUGGCUUUGGAUCCCUUUGUGGCCCUGUCAUUGAUCAAGUUCGGGUUUACCCAAUUUCUUGAAGCUAAAUUUACUAUUACCAAAGCAUUUUUUAUUAUGUUAUAGGGAUUUUGCAACUAUGACUUGAUCCGACUUUUGUAUAUUUGGCCUUUAUGAGGCACAUGCUCUACUUUUAUUUUAGUCUAAAGUUUGGAAUCUUUUGUGUUCUCUA